UUGCUACGGCAACAACUAAUAAGUGAACGCUUUCUUAGUUUAUUGUCUUGUACACAUAAUUUGCAAAGAAAUGGUGUGAAAUUUAUACGGGAGUUGUAUAUCUGUUGUAUAUUAUGGAAAUUAUAAAGAAAUCUCACUUGGAUCCAGCGCUGCCAAAAUCCACUUUUCACCACAUCGGCCAGGACAUAAAGAAGUCAGAUUCGACAUGUGAAAAUAUUUACAAAAGCUCGAUAAAGAGAGACUUUCCAGCUCUGGGGUACGUCACAAGGCAAAGCCGCAUUCCCUCGCCAAAAUCGGCAAAGAUUUUCUCGGUGGAAGCUCGAAUCAAUGAACAAAAGUCGCUUACAGCCACUCAUUUUGCAAAACAAAAUGUGACCGAACGAGCAACUCUUUCAGAAGUGGCAAAAUUGGCGUCUGGGACCAAAAACCUAAUGAAAAUGGACGUAGAUAAUAGAGCGAUGUCUUUUGAUACCACAAACAAACUAUAUUUUCCUGCAAGAGUUUUAGAAAUGGUUAAAGGCAAAGAUGAUAUGAUGCGAAGUUCUAUACCUCAAGGUAUGCUGUCCAGAUCCGGACUGAAAAAGUUUUAUUUUGCUCAGGAAACUGUAUUUUUCAGCUUUCGAAAAAUUUGCAGAAAUGUCAGAUAUUUUCACAGAAAAUUUAUGGCAGACCAAGCUAAGGGAUCCUGCAGUCAGAAAGUGUUUUUUUGUGAAAUAGGAAGAUCGGACAUCUGCUUGGUUCUUUUUUCACAAAGGCACUUUAUGCAGAUUAUUUGGAGUUUUGGAAAAACUUUGCGCAGGAAAUUAAUUUCCCCCAAAGCCAAAACUUGGUCUGGAUUUUUAUUUUGGUUUAUAUACCUUACAAGUAUCCGUUAUAAUUACUGUUUGCAUAAUCUCAGUUACGUGUUUACAUAACAUCAAUUUAACAAUUGUGUGUUUACAUAAUCUAAAUUAAUUGUUUACAUUAAUGACAAUUUGAUCCCACCCCUUGUGAGGCCUCCAAAAAGUUUGCUGGAUGUUUAUAGUGAUGCAGCAUCGGGCUACUGCAAAGUGUCAAUUGGUAAUGGGGGCAAAUGUGGGGUUAGCUUUCACAUGGGGGGAUCAAUCUUCAGGGGGGGGGGCAUCAAAUCAUCAAUCCUAAUCUGACAAAAAGUAUUUGGAGAAGAGACUUCGAAGCAAAUCCUCCAUUAGAUCCAGAGCGUCCAUUAUGGUAACAGCCCUCCAAUCUUUGUCACUGGCACAGAAUUGAGACCUUACAGGAGGCUGACUCAACUCACCAUGUUCCUAGCCAGUGCACGUAUGACAGGCAUAAUUCACCCCACCAUUUUAAAAUCCGACUAUGUGUGUGGCAUAUUCCUACAGGUGACAAAGAGAAGGUCAGGUUACCUCUCUCAAAUUACAAACAAAGUUUCCCAGAAGAUCAGCUGAGCAAGUUAGAUGUUGCCACCCUUGCACAAUUUAAAACUCCGCCUGUGUUACGAGGAGACACAAGAAGUUAUGAUGAUCAGUUUGAAACUACAAAUUCAAAGACAUUUGGUGGACAUUGUAUUACACUACAGAAACUGAAGGCUAUCAAGGUACUGUAGAAGAUUAUAUUUUAACAAAACUAACUUUUUUAUCAGGAGGAACUUACCUAAACUCAAUGGUGUCAAGUAACGAAGUAUAAAUGUACUUCGUUUAUACUGUACUUGAGUACUAUUUUUGAGAAGUGAGCAUGUAACAAAGUAAACUUUUUACUUGGAACGAAGUCGUUUUAAGAAGUAACGUUUUACUUCGUUAUUUUCAUUUUGUGGCGAAGUAUUUCGUUUCUCACAUUUGUUUAAUUUUACGUGAUUUAUUCCUGAUUUAUUUUAAUUUUGGGAUAGGUAAUAGGACCUCUAUAUGCGUCUGGGAUCUAUCGUUUGUGGCUUACUUAUAAGCAUUAUUUAUUUAAUGCAUUUCUUAUAUCUUCAACGGGGUUUGGAAAGUAGACCAUGCCGCAUAUACAAUGAAAUAUUGUAUAUUAUAGUGUACGUAUACAAUGCGUGUGUUAUAGUGUGUCUUUUGUAUGUAAGUCCAUUGGAGAAGCCCCCCUAUACACGCUAUAGACAAUAGUAUUUUUACUUUGUACUUCAUUCUUCAAGUAUUUUUUAAGGAUACUUUGUACUUUUUACUUAAGUACGUUUUGUCUCCAGUACUUUUUACUCUUACGUCGAUUUAUUGUUAAUUACUUCUACUUUUACUCGAGUACAAAUUCAAAGUAAUUUAGGCACCACUGCCUAAACUAAUUUUAUGUACUAUUUAAAUUUUAAAACGCGAGCAGGAGUGCUUUAUCAGUUAUGAAACACGAGGCAACAGCCAAGCGUCUCAGCAUAUCUGAUAAAAUUCGAGUGUUUUAAAUGGCUUAAAAAAAACGAACCAUCUUAUGAGUUCAUUGUCGAAGUAACUUUAAAAAUCAACGUUGUCUGAGCCUAAAUCAAAGUUAAAGUUUGUAGAUUAUCAUGACUUUUAUCAGAUAUCCAUGGCAUAUGACAUUUGUGUCAGGGGAAUGAGGGGAUCUGUAUAGAAGGCCCUUUAAAACAACCGAAAAAUACCUGGAAAAUAAAGAGAGAAAACCCCCGGAAACAGUACAGUUUUCAUCAAGGUCAUUAGCUUAAAUAGACCUUUCCCCUUAUGAGUGAAAUUUUGAUCUAGAUAUGCCUGGACAAAAAUUUCAUCACAGCUUGAAAGAGCAUCACAAAAUUAGAAAUAUUCCGAAGUUUCGUUGCGAAAUGUUGUAAAAUGCGGAUAAUAUAGCCUUGCGAAGUUUGCCAUUUUUCAGUCAUUUUGUAUUACAAACGGGAAAAUGAUAAUCAGAUGAUCAAACUGAUUAUCAAUUUCCGUUUGUAAUACAAAAUGACUGAAAAUUACAAACUUCGCAAGGCUAUAUCAGUAUCCGCAUUUUACAACAUUUCGCAACGAAACUUCGGAAUAUUACUAAUUUUGUGAUCAUGCUCUUUCAAGCUGUGGUAAAAUUUUUGUCCAGACUUGUCUAGAUCAAAAUUUCACUCAAAAGGGGAAGGUAUAUUUGGCUACACUGACUUAUCAACAUAAAAUAUCCGAAACAAAUUUCAGAACAAUGGUUGUAGUAUACGCCAUGGUGACCCAGACAAGUGUCUGUAUUCUGUAACAACAAGUAAAAAAUUCUUCAAAGAAAAACCGUUCGAGAGAGUAGAUCCCUGUGGCCCUAACUACGUGUCGAAUAUUGUGCUUGGGGAUGACAGAGGAGAGUGGUCUUUGAAAAACUACAAAACUAACAGAGGGCCAUUGCCUCGGGUUGAAACACGUACGUAAUAGUUUGUUUACUCUUAGUGUGAUCUUCUUUUCUUGCUUUUAUCUCUGCGAACUUAUUUUCUUCUAUUUAAUUUCGCGCAUGCAGUGUUAGAAAUAGAAUUGUUGCGCAAACGUAGAUGGUGUGUUUCUCAGCUUUUCGAACAUUUCAACAGCCCUACAACAUCUCCCAACAACUUGUCAUCAGGAUGUGUUCGCACUGCUUGUCGAAGCUUGUUGACAAGUUGCCAACGGCUUAAUUGUUGACAACUUGUUAUAAGGUUUUUGAGCUCAAAAGACUUGUUACAAGUUGUUCCAACAACUUGUUAUCGUCCUGCAAUUCGUCCUGUUAUCGUCCUGCAAUUCAACAAUUUGUCAACAAGUUGUGAGUGACAACCUUGUAGCAACUUGAUAAAAACAACAGCACUGUCGACAAACUUGCGGACAAACUUGCUACAAGCCUGUUGCGAACACAUCUUGUUGAGCGUGUAAGCGAUGAUAGUUUGGAUGCAAAAUUGAGUACUUCGAUUAAGUCUGUUAAAUUGUUUCUUUUACAGAACAUUUAGUUAGUAGAUUAGCAAAAUUAAACAUGGCAAAGAGCAGUCUUCCUAUGGGAGAUAUGGAUCCCGACAGAGCACAGAAAAGAAUCACACAGACAACCAGUAAAUCAUUUUUCAGAAAGGUACCGGCGAAUGAGCUAUUAUAUCUUAUAUAGUUUCUUCCACAAUUUUGUAACUGAAAAACUUCUUCCGAAUCACAAAUACUGAAUGUUCGUUUUCCAUUUAGCCAGUCGUGUUAUUUCCAUAUGCAAAGGUAAACGGAGCCUAUCUGCUGACAAAAUCCAAAAUCAAAUUUGGAACAAAGAACGCCGUUACGCAACACAAUACAACAACACGAUCAAACUUUCCUGCAAUGUCUGAACCUGUGAAGAGGAGAGAUUGUCAAACUACGAACAGCAAUGUUUGUUUAGAUUAUUAUGGUAUGUGUUUAAUUUCGGUUUUAGAGGCAUCGGCUAGGUUUCACCAUAGCCUAUCGAAGGGAAGAUGACUCUGAAACUCAUUAGAAUAACAAUAUAACUCAUCAUCUAUACUAUCUAUAUUAGUCGACAUUUAUUCAUAAAUCUGGUCCUUCACCGUUACGUGCGUAUUGCAUUUUUGCCCAACAAACCAAUUCUUUGUUUGCAAUGACGUAAUUUUGGGAUUUCAGAUGACGGGUAGGUAUAACAAAAAACGGCUAUUUUAAUGUAUUGAUCGAGUUUAGAACUUUAGAGACAGUUUAAGACUCAAAAGAUGAAUUACCGUCCAGUUUUUCUUGCUACAACCAUGCUGAUAGGAUAAAAAUCGUCCACAAGUCGUUUGAUUGCCCGUCAUUUGGAUGAAACGUCACGUGAUUGCAAACAAGGAAUAGCAGUGUUUUAGGAAAGUUACCUAUCCGUGACUCGAACUAUUGGGAAAUUGGAAAUUGCUAUUGGUGGAUUUGGAAAAAAAUACAAUACACACGUGACGGUGAAGGACCAUAUUUAUGAAUAAACGUUAACUAACAUAGAUAAUGAUUAUAUUGUUAUUCUAAUGAGUUUCACAGCCGUCUUCCCUUCGAUAGGCUAUGCUUUCACUCAGCACUAGUCGUACCGUAGGUGGUGGUCAACCAGAAGUUAUCAGAAUAAGCAGAAGAUACUUUUACGAGCAUUUUAAAAUGGCAACUAUUUUUCAACAGGUGAUGAAAGUAACCAGUCCCCAACUGUCUGUGAUUUCUACCCUCACAUUGGAGCGAAACGACUAUUGCCUAAUCCAAACAGCAUAGCUAAAGUAAGUCGCGUCAAUCAUUGUUUCAAAUUCAGGCAAAACGAAGGAUAUCACAAUGAUUAUAAAAUGUUAUAGAAAGAUUAAUGCGAGAUUUUCCGUCUUGUUUUUAGUUGACUGCUUCGCAUAUUCAGCUGCCAAAGACACUGACUUCAGAAUUCCGUACAAGUCACAAUAUUUCAUACCCACCGAAACAGUCGAAGAGGGAGACAUACGAAGCCGGGAGACUGCAUAAAAGUUCUAUUAAAUUAGGAAAUAUAAAUGUACAUUAAAAUCUACUUUAGUUGUCAUGAAUUUUUCUGUAGUUGUAUUGAGAUGUGUAACUUGGUUAAUGUAUAUUUAGAUUGUUUAGCCAAGGUGGUUUGGGUACAGA